GUCACGCAGGGAAAGAAUUCACUCACUGGUUAACUGAUGCUGAAUUCAACUCUGCUCAUGUCCAUGUCUUGAUCAAUUGCAGUGAAGUAAAGCCGUACCUUGACUCAUUUGUUGUGGCUGAGCAAGUCGCAGAAGGAAAUACUUCUGCUAGAAUACACUCAGAGUUUCCGCAUUGGUUUAGAAAUCAGGUUUUUAAUCAGGCAUUAACUCCCACGGUUCAAGAGUUAAGACAUCUCUCCAAUUGGCCAAUGAGAUGUGUCAAAGAAUGGCACACUUACUUCAUCAAUGGUUACAAAUUCCAUACACAUGAAUGGUCUAAAGGAAAGAAAACAUCAAAUUGUGGUGUGUAUGUCAAGGGCCUAACAGAGGGGUCUUAUGAUGAUUUCUACGGCAUCAUUCAUAAAAUAUAUGAGUUAGAGUACAACAGCACUACUUCUCCAAACAGAGUGGUACUCUUCUAUUGUGAAUGGUUUGAUCCUUCUAGAGCUGGUACUAGAGUCGAUCCACGCUUUAAUAUUGUCGAACUGAACCAGAGAUUAAGAUAUGGGCCUUUUGAUCCUUUCAUUCUACCAUCUAAUGUGAGACAGGUUUAUUAUGUGCCAUAUCCACCAUUUCGCAAUAUUGACAAGCGUGGUUGGGCCGUAGCAAUACAAACGAAGCCUAGAGGUCGCAUAGACUCAAAUGAAGUUGAGGAAGAUGUAGCCUACCAACUUGACCAAAUGUCACAACCACGAGAAAUUAUCGAAGUUGAACGUAUAACCGCAUUGGUCGACCCUGAUGGUGAUGGAGAUGAAUUAGAAGCAACAGUACAAGGUGAUGAAGAACAAGAGGAAGAAGAAGAAGAAGAACAAGAAGAAGAGGAAGAAGAUGAAGAAGAACAAGAAGAAGAAGAAGAUGAUGAUGAUGACGAUGAAGAAGAAGAACAAGCAGAAGAAGACGAUGAUGAAGAUGAAGAUGAAGAUGAAGAUGAUGAUCAUGAUGACGAUGAUUGAAUGUUGAACAUCUAUUGUAGCAAAUUGGACUAUCAUUUCAUUACCAUUAUCUAAAAUACCAUCUUUAAGUUGUAUGCAAUUACUUGUACAUUGACUUUGAAAACAAU